GCCUUGUGGGAGUUGUAGUCUUGUAGCAGUUUCCGCGCCUGGCUUCCGCGUGCUGGCGGUGGAGUGCGCCCGGUGGUCAGGUGCACACGUCCAGGGUAACCCACACGUCUCGCUGACCCGCGUCUCUCCCACCCCGGCCUCGCGAUGCCAGCCCCGACCUGCGCCUCCUGCGGUGUGGCCCGCGCCGCCCUACGCCGGCCGCGCUCUGGACAGGCUCUGUGCGGCUCCUGCUUCUGCGCCGCCUUCGAGGCCGAGGUGCUGCGCACGGUGCUCGCGGGCCGCCUGCUGCCGCCCGGGGCCGUAGUGGCCGUGGGCGCCUCGGGCGGCAAGGACUCCACCGUGUUGGCGCACGUGCUGCGCGCGCUCGCGCCGCGCCUGGGCAUCGCGUUGCAGCUGGUAGCGGUGGACGAGGGCAUCGGCGGCUACCGGGACGCGGCGUUGGCGGCCGUGCGCAGCCAGGCAGAGCGCUGGGGGCUACCGCUCACCGUCGUGGCUUACGCCGACCUCUUCGGGGGCUGGACGAUGGACGCCGUGGCCCGCAGCACGGCUGGCUCUGGCCGCAGCCGCAACUGCUGCACCUUCUGCGGGGUGCUGCGGCGCCGCGCGCUGGAAGAGGGCGCGCGCCUGGUGGGAGCCACGCACAUAGUGACUGGUCACAACGCGGACGACAUGGCGGAGACGGUGCUCAUGAACUUCCUGCGCGGCGACGCGGGGCGACUGGCCCGCGGCGGGGGCCUGGGCUCGGGGGGCGAGGGGUGCGCGCUGCCGCGCUGCCGGCCGCUGCAGCUGGCGUCGCAGAAGGAGGUGGUGCUGUACGCGCACUUCCGGCGCUUGCGCUACUUUUCCGAGGACUGCGUGUACGCGCCCGAGGCCUUCCGCGGACACGCGCGCGAUCUGCUCAAGCGGCUGGAGGCGGCGCGCCCGUCGGCGGUGCUGGACCUGGUGCACUCGGCCGAGCGGCUGUCGCUGGCCCCGGCCGUGAGGCCCCCGCGUCCCGGCGCCUGUUCCCGCUGCGGGGGCCGCCGGGGACCGUGCGAGGAGCCUCCCGGGAGCCCGGCCUGCGACCCCGCGGCCCCCGCGGCCCGGCCGGGACCCUGUGCCUGCGAGUGA